UUAGCUUAACCACUUAGUCUCACCCGCAAUUCCCUCCAUCCCUUGGUCAGAUAUUUUUUCCAUACAGAGAAUACAUAAUUUCUGAACCAUAGGACAUAUCUGAAUCUACGGAAUAAAUUAGUUCGAAUCUAUAAGUGUGUAAAUGAUUAAAACCACAGAUAAAUGAAUAAAUUAAAUUUAUCUAUGGUGUACGAGACAUUUAUUUUUUGACAGUUGUUAUGUCAGUGUCAUAUUUAAUGUAAAAACCGUAAUAUUUUGUAAUUUUCAAACAACCCAAAUUAAUUGAAAUUUGAUGCUUCAUUUAAAUUUUGUAUUACAAUAAUUACAAUAUGGCGUGGAGAUCCCACGGAAAAUCCAAUUUCGAAUUAGUGAGGAACUUAAAAGGCAAUGGUAUUAUUAAAAGUGAUGUAGUUGAGCAGGCUAUGUUAGAAGUUGAUAGGGGCUAUUACUCUAAAGCAAGCCCUUAUAUGGAUGCUCCUCAAGGUAUUGGUUAUGGAGUUACCAUAAGUGCUCCUCAUAUGCAUGCCCAUGCUUUAGAACUAUUAAAAGAUAAUCUAGUUAAUGGUACAAAAGCGUUAGAUGUUGGUUCUGGAAGUGGAUAUCUUACGGCAUGUAUGGCGAUCAUGAUGGGAGAGAAAGGAGUGGCAGUUGGAAUAGAUCAUAUACCGGAAUUAGUAGAAAUGUCAAGAUCAAAUAUUCAAACUGCAAAUCCUGAUUUAUUGGAGUCAAAAAGAGUUCAGCUUAUGGUAGGAGAUGGGAGACAAGGUUAUGCCGAUUUAGCACCCUAUGAUGCUAUACAUGUUGGUGCUGCUGCUCCUACUUUACCACAACCAUUAGUUGAUCAACUUAAGGUUGGAGGAAGAUUAAUAGUCCCUGUUGGCCCUUCUGGUGGAGAUCAACAAUUAGAACAAAUAGAUAAAUUAUCAGAUGGAAGUAUUCAACGAAAAAUUCUUAUGGGAGUCGUAUAUGUACCUUUAACUGACAAAGAUCGCCAAUGGCGUAAAUGGCUGUAGUUAUUUUUAUUUUGCUUUAUUUACUGUCCUAGUCAUUUUUUUAAAUAACAGCAUAACUCACAAAAUUUGGAAUAUUUCUAAAUAAUUGUAUAAUUUCCCAUUUUGUUAUUAACACAUAAAAUGUCAUUUUAGACAAAGCAAUCCGUUAUUUGAACUAUCACUCUCAUAUUCAUACCAGACACGUUUGUCCAGCUUGGGUAAAAUUAGUUUUCUGAACAGCAUUUAUACGGAAAUAACAUUGGAGGGUAUAUAAUAUUGAGUUUAAUUGCAUUGGGUAACACUAUAUAUAUACUGUUGAUCCACAGUAUAGCCAGAAAUAAAUAGUACCUAACUUGUAAUUUUUUAUUGUUUUAAGGAGUACAUAUGACACUUCAUAACAUGUUCUAAAUGUGCUCCUUCUCACUCAAGACAGACUUCAUACCAAUAUUCCAAGUUUGACGAAAUGUUAUGGAAUAAGGGUUGUAUCAGGUCUGAGAAGAAGGCUUUAACUGCAUUUUUAUAUUCAUUGAUGGUUUAAAAACGACAGUUUUAGCCAAAUGUAUGUAGAGAAUGUGAAGGAUAAGGAAAGUCAGUAAAUUGUAAAUGAAUAAUUUCCUGAAGAAAUUAUGUCCACAAUAGAAUUGACAUGAUCAGAGACAAAGCGUAUUAAAAUUUGUAUGUACUUAUUAGGGUGGGUCAAAAAAAAUUUAAUUUUUUAGGUACUGCGAAAGUAUCGUUCAAGGAGAUGAAAAAAAAAUUGUGGAAAAGUUUGAGCCCUUAAUAUCGAUAUUUAUAGGUGCCUCAUCGUGAUAACUAUAUCUACAUGUUCUUCAACUGAAUUUAUUAAUGCAGAAUAUUGGUUUUUGGUUGACGGAUCUCGGUUUUUCCCUAUAUUAACCACAAAUAAAACAAUUAUUGUGAUAAGCAUAUAAGUUUGGUUAUGUAUUUUAUUUUAAUUUGACAGAUGGCGGGAUGGAUUUUGCUCGUAGAACACAGAACUAUUGCUUUUUCAAGUAUUUUGUAACGUUGCCAAACUUGUACCUAACUUCAGCGCGUCAAUAUAACCAUAUUGUUAAAAAUUACCAGGUAGUUCAAACUGAACAAUACAGAAUAAUCAACCCUGUUUAAUUAUAUAUCGAUGUAGUUAUAAAUAUAUUAAUAACCGAAUGGUUACAAAUAACCGAAAAGUUACAGAAUAGAUCCCCAAGAGGGUUUAUUUUUAGUAUAAAACUUUUUUUUUGAAAAACUGCUAUGCGAGAUAAGCCCCAUGGAGUCAUUAUUAUAAUUAAAUAAUUUUGUAGUAACUAAUGAUAUGCAAUCAUUAUAAUUUAAUAAUAUAUUAGUUAAAAGUGAAUUGUACUUAAUUUUUUGUUAUGUUCAAAUGAAUAUUAUUUUGAUUUUGUUUUUAAGAAUUAAACGUUUCAAAAUA